GCCUAAUCCAUUCUGUCAUGCGAUCCAUCGGGGCACUCAGCCUUCCAGCCCAAAGAUAGCCGACGGGCCAGAACGAAUCCCCUGAAAAUCAUAUCAGACUCUAGCUACCUGGUAUCUGUCAUCAGGCGUGUCUGCCGUUGUUGCAAUGAGCACACGACUGCUGCAGUGGUAGAGCAGAUGGCAUUUUGGGAUCAGGCAUUUAGCGAGUGGGCUGCCCAAAUGGCAUUCUGGAAGGGGAAAUGAGAGCUGCAAGGAUAGCCCCUCCCUGGAUUCCUGGUUGCUGUGGAAAGGCGCCAGUCGUGCGGCAGUCGCGUCUCCCGUACGUACCAUCAGCCUUAGACACGUCAAUCAUCAGGGUCUCCUCAUGGGCCUCAACCAGGACAGUCAAUAAACAUAUUCAUUCUAUGACGCCUGGCACCCCUCCAGCCUUUGCCAGUCAGAACUACUGAGGAUAGCGCGCCAGCGACAAACACCGCUGUCGAUAUUUCCAAUCCGACGAGUAUUAAUUUCUUUGACUGAACCCUGCAUUUCGCCCGCCACUUCAGCUGUCCCGUACUUCGUACUCCGUAUCUAUACCCGUUGCGCUACUUCUUUGACUGCAUUACUUUGCUGAAAGCAUCAUCGGGAGCACCCACGUCUCUUUCACGUCGUCCUUGAUCUGCCUCUGGUGUAUCUGAGCACAGGGCCGUCCUCUGCAUCGCCGCUAGCCGCCAGGACCCUUACUCGGCAUAGCGGCAGGGGAAACCCUCGACCCGUGCAUCGUGUUAGACUCCAGUAAAGGGAAACCUUGAGAGUCGCACAAUACGACGACACACCCGCACACCCGCACAUCUGAGCGGUUGCCGUGGGCUCCCCUCGCUUCCGAUCGUAGACCGGGCAUCUUCUGCCAGACAGAAAUGCCCCAUUUCUUUUUCAACACAUCGAGGAGGCCCCAUUCCUCGAGGAAUCCUGUCUUUGCGAUCCACCGGGACAACAAGGACGCUUCUAGCCGACCCGGGACAUCAGACUCGAGCAUUUCCAGGCUGUCCAUCGAUGAGCCGCCCAAAUCGCCCAGACCAAGCUUUAGCUCUACCUCCAACCUCACCAACGACUCCAAGGGCGCCACCACCAUAGAUAGCCUGGCAACCCAGGAGUUAAGGCCCCCACCUAGCUCCCCUUCCCAACGCCGUCCGUCCUCGGCCCUGGCUGCCCCUGAAGGCCCCAACGGCACGCCCCGGAGGAUGGCAUCGAUCCGUCACGUUACCAGCUUCGACGACGGCCCUACACCCCCAGCCGACUCCUCCCUAGAGGCCUCACCUUCGCUUUCCAACGGUCGCUCAAACUCUGUGCUCUCGAGCUCCCCAAACAGCAACGCCAGUGCAAUGUCGCCUACAAUGGAGAGGAGACAACACGAGCCGAAUGGCACCUCGGACAGGAUACCGGCGGGCCGUCUGAGGCCCAAGAUAUCGCAACAGUAUCUGGCGAAUGCCAGUCACGAUGGCAGCCGGCGCGCCCCCUCCCCAAGGUCUGUCGAGAUACCCCAGAGGGAGAGCAGCAUUGGGGGCCCCGAGCGGUCAGCGGCCAAGGCGAAUCCAGAUGGACAGGACGAUCCCAGUUUCGACUCGGCGGUCGGCAAGGCUGCACUCGGAAAGACCGGCCGAGUCAUGAACAAGCUUAUAUCAGAGAACGAGGCGCUGAAGCGAGAUCUGCGAAUCGAGAAGCUCAACUCGGAGGAGUCGAGGCGGGAGGCCAAGCUCCUCCAGGACAAGAUGGAGAGGAUGGUCGCAGAUUACGAGAGUCGCCUGCUGGAAGCCAACGUCACCAAGACCCUGCUAGCCAGGAAAGAACGUCAGGUCGAGGGCCUGCAGGGUGUUAUAGAACUCGAGAAGAAACGGACAAGCGAUGCCCAGAGUAGGGAACGGACCUGGAAAGACGAAAUGGAGAAGAUGCGAGACGAGACGACCAGAAAGGUCGAGGACGCCACGACUCAAGCGGCGCUGAUGGAGGGCCGGUACAACGCCAUCAGCAGCCACUGGAGGGAUCAAGGCGAGGAGGUCAAGCGUGCCACGUCCAAGAUGGGCAAGGAGGUCGCGAGCCUGGUAGCCGAGAGGAAGAAGGACGACGAGAAGAUCACCACCCUGAGAGAACUGUGCGACCAGCAAGACGGAAACAUCAAAGACUUGUUACAGCAGAAGGAUGCCCUCACGCGACAAUUCGAAGCCUACAAGAAGGAGCAGGAGGCCCUGCUCCAGAACAUCAAGACGAACGCAUCCAAGACAGAAGCGGACCAGGAACGCAUGCUGCGGGAGGCCAAGGAAACACUUGACAAGCUGAGAUGGGCGCUGAACAUCAAGGAAAACGUCAAGUGGGCCAAAUGAGCUAGGUCACGUCCAGACCACGGCCUUCACUCCUCUCGUAGGGAGUUGACCCAAUCUCAAUACUUUACUUCACGACUUUCCUGCCUGCUUUCUCUGCAAUUUGGAGACGGAGAUACCCAUUAUUUCGAACGCUUGAUACCGGGAACUGUCCCUCUUCUACGACAAGGACAAAAAGGAAGAUCGCCUUUUUGGUCCGCACACUUACUAAAGAAACUCUCCUUAAUUCGCCGGCCAUGCAAAGAGGCAGAUAUGCACUGCAUGUAGACCUGAUUUCUUCGAUUCUCCCCAUCAUUUCCCCCAAGGCAUCAGUCCGCAGCGGCGCAUCAUAUCACGGUGUUAUAGGGAGUCGGAGGUUGUUCCCUCUUGGUUGAGCUUUGCCCAAUAUAAAAAGACGAGUGCCAAUUAUUGAAGACCAAACUGCACAACGAAGGGUCAUCUUUCCAUGUGUUACGAUGACUUUUUAGCCUCUUAUACAUAUAGUUUCUACACUUGUCUCUUAACUGGGCACGAGUCUUCGUCAAACUUGAUACGCAAACUAUAGAGGAUGGCGUAGGAGGCUAUCACAAUUGACGAAGAAUUAUACCAUAUCAGAAGUACAUAGCUGGUGGCCAAAUCUGCUCGAGC